AUGGAAGAGGCUCUUCGAGGUGCCGGGGCUCUAAGAUUCAGAGAUAUACCUCCAACAACCCAUCAUCACACCACAUCAACACAUCCCAUAGUACAGAUCCCUCUAGCUGCACAACAUGAUGAUCAAGUAAUCCAUGAAAGACAACAGGAUUUCAAAUUGUGGAAAAAACCUCAAAACCACGAAGACUGGGUGGAAAAGAAGCGGGGUACAUUAAUGGUGGUUGCAUCGCUUAUUGCAACCAUGGCCUUUCAAGCAGGAAUUAAUCCUCCGGGUGGAGUUUGGCAAGAAAACAAUGAAGAUAUAUCACAACUUGCAGGAACCUCUGUGAUGGCUGAUAUGUAUUCAGACGUAUUCCAUGAAUUCAUCAACUUUAACACAGCAGGAUUAAUAGCCUCUCUAAGCAUAAUUCUACUGCUGAUAAGUGGAUUACCAAUGAGACACAGGAUUAUUGUGUGGAUUCUGAUGGUGACCAUGUGGGUCGCCAUCACAGCAAUGGCUUUAACCUACAUUAAGUCAUUAGAUGCCUUGGCACUGGAAUCUGAAUAUGGUAUGCUUUGUAAGUUGAAGAUUGGGAUCAUUGUGUGGUUGAGUCUCAUGGGCCUUCUUCUACUGGUCCACACCGUUCGCCUGCUCAAAAGAGGGCUGAAAAAAUUGGUAAAACUGCUUCGGAGGAGAAGAAACACAAACACAUCAGCUGCUAGUAUCAUCAGUACAUAUUACUGCCAUGUCUUGCAUCUGAUAGGGUUUCGUAGCCAUUGA